AUAAAAUCACGGAAUUAUUUCACUUCCGUCCAAUCAAUUAACGCUUGGUGUUCUCGCUGUAGCCUCACAGACAUGGUUCCUCAUGUAGACAUACUGAUGGUGUAACCUUGGUUGAUCAGCGUCUUCGUUUGAAACGGCCUCAAAUAACAACAUGCAGGCUGCUAUGGAUAUCACGGCAAAAUUUUGCCAUAAAGAAAUGGAGGCAUAUGGGUCGUGCGUGGCCUCCAAUCCAUCAACAUGGCAGCAAAAUUGUCAUGAACUGAAGAUGAAGGUUGCACAGUGUACAUCAUCACAUCCAGUGAUCCAGAAGAUCAGACAGGACUGCUCCAAGCAGUUUGUGGAGUUUGAGCACUGCCUGAGAGAAAACCAGGACAAACCUACCUCCUGCUCAGCACAUGUGGCUCGCUUUCUGGGCUGUGCGGAGACGGUGGACAUCAGCGGAGUGGCAACAAAUCCAGUACCUCAGCCAUCUUAAUAUUCAGACGGCGUCUUUCACUGGGUUAUACCUGUCUCCAAAGUACAACAGGUGGACUGGUUUGUGUCCCGACCAUCUUCCUGUAUGUUUUUUUUCUCAUGUGGCUCCAUGUGACUAAACAUAAAUUAUAGCAGAUCGAUGAUAAAGUAUGUGAGUGAGACGAUUUUGUGUAUAAUGUUUGAUUGCUGUACCAUUUAUUUACUGCUCAUGGAUUUAUUGUACACAUUAUGUCUUGCUCAUAUGAAAGAAAGUAUGGCCUGUACUGCACUUUUUUUACUGACUUAUUUCAAUUAAAUGGACAUUAUUCUUCUACUGUUCAA